AUGUCCUCGCCAGACUUGGAAAUGCAGGCACUUCAGCGACUCAGAAGCCAAUUCUCCCGAGCACUGAAGGACUUUGCUUCGUCGUCGUCUUCUUUCCGAAUUUUGCACUCGGUCCCCACCCGAGCCACGGCUCCGACCUCUUCAGACCCGAUAGUGACAAAGACGCUCUACCUGCUCGACUCGAGCUUCAAUCCGCCUUCAAAGGCGCAUACGAGUCUUGUGAAGACGGCGUUGAAGUCGCAAGAUGCGCCGCCGCAGACAAAGCAUCAGACUAAGCCGAGAGUCCUGUUUUUGCUGGCCACUGUCAACGCCGAUAAGAAACCCAAGCCCGCCGACUUUGAGGACCGGCUUGUUAUGAUGACUCUCGCGGCCGAAGAUCUGCGGUCUGGGUUCACGAGGGAGCCCAUCUCGGCAGACUCGACUGCUGAAACUCCAGCCCCCAUAGUCGACAUUGGCAUCACGAAAGAGCCCUAUUUCGUCGACAAGGCUGCCGCGAUUGACGCAAGCGGCAUCUACCGUUCUCCCGGGUACAGUACUUCAUCGACUCCGUCCUCCGGAGCAGCCGAUGACGGCUUUGUCGAACAAAUCCACCUCACAGGAUUCGACACCCUGCUCCGAAUCUUCGCCCCGAAAUACUACCCAAACAACCACCCACCGCUGUCAGCUCUAGAGCCCUUCCUCCGCAGACACCGCUUACGGGCGACGAUACGCGUCGACCCCAACAGUCCCUCGCAAAACCUCAAGGACGCGCAAAAGACCCAACCGGACUCAAAGCUGACAGCUAGCUCCGAAGGGUCUCCUGACCUCACGACAAUCGCUGGUCAAGAGGCAUACCUUGAAGGCAUCAAGAACGGGGCGCUGGAAAAGGACGGGCUCAAGCGAGAGUGGGCGGAGAGGGUGGAAUUGGGGUGGGAUGAUUCCGGAGAGACAGAUGGCGUGAGUAGUACGAAGAUACGCAACGCCAUGAAGGAUGGGAAUUGGGGCGAGGUCGAAGGACUGGUAGGGCAUAGGGUAGGAGAGUGGAUCAGAUAUAGGGGUCUGUAUGUAUAG